AUGAGUUUUACCAAAUAUACAUUAAAUAGAAAUAUAUGUAGCUUGAUACAGAGCAACAUCAUUCAACAACAACAACAACAACAACAAUGUAAAUAUAUUAUAAAUAGCACAUUAUUAUAUGCACAGUUUCAACAAAAUACAUCGGUACAGGUUAGAUUCAAGAGUGGAGCAUCACAAAAAGAAGUAAUCUACAAGAAACUAUCAACUAUAUCUGGAAAGAAUCUUCAACAAGCACUAAAAGAAAUCAAACAAGGCAAACUUGGUACAUCACAAACAUUAACAAACUUUAAAGAAGAUAUUGGUGACACUAACAAUCCAUCAAAUGCAAUCGUUAGACAAUUGGGAGAGAAUGAAUCAUCGUUUGAUGGCAUAUUUCUCAUCAACGACGUACAACAACUAAAGAGAGUUUUUGAAAUCAUCAACAAAGAACAUGUAGUGGCAUUUGAUUUGGAAGGAUGGGAGAUGGGAAAGAAUGGUGAGGUGUCACUUGUUCAAAUUGGUCUAAAGAAUGGACGUGUCUUUAUAUUUGAUAUAAUGGUAUUGGGACACAAUGCCUUUAAGCAUGGUCUAAAAGAUCUCUUGGAGAGUAAAAUCAUUCUAAAGAUUGUACACGAUUGUCGUCGUGACUCUGAGAUACUCUAUCAUCGUUAUCAAGUUACACUCGACCAUGUAUAUGACAUUCAAAUUGCACAUGCCCUCUUACAGAAAAAAAAAGAGGGUAAUGUGCCUAUACGUCGGUUUGGUCUAGCCGAACUCACCGACCUCUACGCCCCCAAACCCUAUGCACAACAAGCAAUCAAUGUUAAACACAAAGGUCGUGAUCUAUUUAAAAAUAAUCUUGAUAUUUGGAGGCAAAGACCUCUACCACCUACUAUCAUUGACUAUUGUGCCCUCGAUGUCAUUGUCCUUCUUCCAAUCUACAAUAUCCUAACACCUCAACUACACAGUCCUUUUGAUAAGAAAUUCCUUAAAAAGAAUUUCCGUGAACAAUUAUCCUAUUUUAAAGAUUCAAUCAGACAAUUAUUUUCUAGAACUCUCAUCUAA